ACUCCGACUAAUCGCACAAAUAACACUCGAUGCCCCAAGAUGAAUGUCGGACGCAAAACCGAGCAAAGACUGUUGCUAUCUUACUGCUCCUUCACCUGCAUUUAUUUCCCCGGCAUCUUGAUAUUAGCGAAACUCAACGACAAUUUAUACAACGUCGGCAAGUACAAGUUCUUACCUGUGCUGUUGAUCUUCGUGUUCGCUGAAGUGAUAAAACUGCUGUUUCCUAUGGUGCAAACGGAGGCACCCACCAUAGUCAAAAUCGAGCAACGGGCGUUGCCAAAGGCCAAGAAGUCCUGGGCGAAAAAUCUGAGGGAGAUCUUCAAGUUCUCUCUCGUCGCAUUCGCGUUGUCCAUAGUCUACUACAUUGCGAUCGUGCUGUUUGGCGCACCUGUGCUCACAGAUCAUGAGGAAACCACUAUGCUCGUGAUCACUUUACUGACUCUGACAUUUGUGCCCACCAGUCUACAUCUGGGUGUGGACAACGCCUUGGACGUGUUAAUGGGAGCACAUUCUCAGAAAGGCAAUAUCCUCGUGGAUGCUUUAAGGAUCAACAUACAGGCAACAAUAUUGGGUACGUGGCUGGGUGCCACUGUGAUCCCCUUGGACUGGGACCGUCCAUGGCAAGUUUGGCCAGUUCCUUGUGUCAUAGGUGCAUUGUUGGGCUACCUGAUUGCUCAUUUCAUUACCCUAGUCAGAACUCUUCCUGCCCUCAAACUGCAUAGAAAAGUUCAUCGAUAAUACAAUAGACUAUGUACAAUAACAGAACAAUAUUGCACUUGUGCAGUGAUUAUCACUAUCUAAUGGCACUUGUUUCUGAAGUAGACACUAUUGUCAUAUUAAUUGAUUGUUAUCUGAUUGCAUUUUUAUAGGUAUGCUGUAAUAUGUUAGAAAUAGUGGAAUAAUAAUUUAUUAUUGUUCAUUUCUUAUUCAUUAUGCAUUAUUCAUGUAAGCAUUUGUAAUACUUAUGACUUAGAGAGAGAGAGAGAGAUUGCGAUGAAUGUAUGAAUUAAAAUUAUAUAACUGUACUGUGUAAAUAAUAAUCACAUUUUAUGAAUUACAGUAACAUAUACAUUAUUAUAGAUUUUAAUAUGGGCAAUUUCUCCAUUCGUAUAUAUGUACAUACAUAUGUAAUAAAUUUUAUCUUAUGUAAAUGUGUAACCACAAAAGUCAUAAAUUGCAUCAAAUUGAUCAAAUUUGAUUUUAUCUUAACUAGCAUAUGAUAGUUACGAUAGAUAAGCAUAUGACAGAUGGAUCCUAAGGAUGAAAAUAAAGGAUUCUAAUUGAUUGA